AUGUCAAAGGUCCAAAAGUAUAGCAAGUUUUCUAUAUUCGCAAGCUUUGAAGGAGAAGCCUUGAGCGAUGUCCUUACUCUCUAUGGUGUUGACGAUAAAGGAGAUAUAGGGUGAUACUUAUAGGCUGUACUGUAUUCAAAUUGAAGCUGAAAUCAGGAUUUUCAAAGCUCUUCAUUAUUAGCUCAGCUGCAGAAAUAAUUUCUCAUGCUAUAAAAUACGAAAGUGUUACUAAAAACCCGAAGAAGUGGAUCGACCAUUGUGAUUUUCAGUUGAUCGUUGAUGAUAAAUCUGCAGUGGAUUACAACUAUAUUAAUUUAAAAUUUCAUCAUUUUCAUGAGCCCCAGGCUCCGUUUAUUAGAAGGAUUGUUUCUAAUAUGUUCAUGAACGGGCUUUCACCAGGGAUCAUCGGCUACUCAACAGAUUCUUCUAAGAAAUCACUUGCACCAGAUAUAGAGGUGUUUAUGAAGAAAUCACUAGGUGUUGCGGUAUUCCAACUUGAGAAGCCAGAACUUGAUUGCAUAGUUGAUUGUGUGGAAAUAGACUCCAGCGAUCUUCCUGAGUUUCCAGUCUCCAUUGGUGAUUCAGUGCUGAUGUACGGCUCCGGCUUUAAUGUUUACUCCCCUGAAUAUUUCUCCAUGGCUGUUGAUAAAGGAUAUAUCUCCCAAAUAAUCGGGCACGGUGAGAGCUACCUGUGUAAUAUGAAUAUCACAGGUGCUUCUCAGUGAUAUCCAAUUUGGAAGGAAGAAGAUGACUCCUUGAUAGGAAUAAAGCUGCCUGUAUUUGUGAAUCAUAAAUAAUAUGUAUACUUAUUCCUUCAUUUUGUCGAUAAGGUGACUAAUUAACAGUCUCACUUACGGAAGUAUCACCAUUCCUGAGUUUAUUAAUGACCGUUUCUCAGUGAUCUCUCAGUCAAUAGUGAUGAUUAGAGCUGGAGGUCAUUAUGGAACAGGUGUGAUAAUCCAUCCAGCAGGGUAUGUCCUUACUAACAGACACGUUGUUGAAAAUGACCAAGAAAAUAUCGUGGUGAAUGAAGAGUUCAAUGCUAAAGUGUUUUGAUGCUCUAAAGGUCUAUACGACCUUGCUCUGAUCAAAAUGAUGCCUACUAAAAGAGGGAAUCAACCUUCAAAGCCACUGCCACCAUUUAAGAUACUAAUCCCUUACACAGGGAGACCUAAAAUAGACUUGAAGGAUGAAUAUUACACUACAGGAUAUGGUAUGUGGUCUAUAAUUCAAGCUCCAGCAUUUUGUAAGGGAUAUUUACGGAAACUUGUCAUGCACACUGAUAACCAAGGCAAUUACAGGUGACAAUUUGUGGCCCAUUCUUGAGAUCUUUAUGAUGGAAGUAGUGGAGGACCUCUCAUCAACUCUAUCGGUCAAGUUGUUGGAAUAAAUUUCCAAAAUAUAAAAUACAAUUAUUUCGAAGAAAAGAAGACAAAGACUAUUAUUUACUCUAAGCUUGGCUUUGCCAUCUCUCACGAAGUGUUCAGUGAGAUCUACACGAUCCUCUUCAAUGAGGGACUCACCGAAGAGGAGAAGCAGGAAUUCAUCCAAGGGCAUUACUGCAUGUCGUACCAAGGAAAGCCAUUAUUGAACUAA